UAUCGGGCUCUGUUUUUCCAGUCUGAGUAAAAAAAUGGGAGAAGAGUUUAGAAAGAAAAGUGAAGUUUGUCCAAAGCUACUUAAUCUGAUGGCGUCAAAGGAGAGAAAUUGGAUUGAUGAAGAAGAUCCUUCAGUCCUCUCUCUGGGUUAUUUUCCUAAAGCCUCUAAACCCACUAAAAGAGGAUUUUUGGACACAGUUGCAGCCAAUACUGAAGGUUGCCCAUCAUCACUACAUGUUGUUGCCUCUGUUAAUGCAGCUAGGCCCAAUAGCAAGAGCUCUCAAUCAAGGCGUAGUCGAGGGCGAGAAGGGGAGCGACGGCGAGCUACCGCGACGAGUUCCUCCUAUCGGGCUCUGUUUUUCCAGUCUGAGUAA